GAGGGAGAGAAAGAGGGAGGAAGUCCACACAAGUUUGUUUUACAGAACUCAAGCCCGGGCCGGGACGAGGCGCAGCGCUGCAUCUGGAGGUCGGAGAAGUGGAAAAGUGAAGCCAAGGGGAGCAGCCGAGCAAGAGGAGCUGCCCGGAGACGUUCCUACAGCCAGGAGACACUGACAGGAGCCCAGACAGAGAGAGGGAUCAGUGCUCCACUCACAAAUAUGGCUGCUAGAUGUGUGUCCUGCCUCUGCCUUCUCGGCAUCCUCUCGGGGAUUGCCUAUCCAGCUUCUGCUGCCAGGCUCGGGGAGCAGCAACAGGCUCUAGUCAAAGUUUGUGCAAAAGGAUUUUUCCUGAGUGAGCAGAAUUUAUGUUUACCAUGUAACUGCAAAGGCCACGCUGACUACUGUGAAGACAUCACUGGUGUUUGUAUAAACUGCAGGGACCACAGCACGGGGGAUUUCUGUGAGAUGUGUGAGGACGGCUACAUGCUGGCCCCCAGCCUGUACGGACGCCACAGCUGUCGGCCCUGCGCCUGUCCCCUCUCCGUCCCCUCUAAUAACUUCGCUGUGCACUGUGACAGAGGAAGCUCCAGCAUGCGCUGCAAGUGUAAACAAGGCUACGCCGGACAUCUCUGUGAGAGGUGUGCUCCAGGUUACUACGGCAACCCAAUGGAAAUUGGAAACACCUGUAAGAGAUGUGACUGUAACGGCAACUCCGACCCAAACUUGAUCUUCAACGAGUGCCACAACGUGACGGGACAGUGCCUCCACUGCUGGGGGAACACGGCCGGAGACAACUGUGAGAGGUGUGCCCCUGGUUUCUACGGCGACGCCAUCAGUGCCAAGGACUGCAGAGAGUGUGAGUGUAAUAAAUGUGGCACCUCUUCAUGCGACGACAGGACCGGAGUUUGCCACUGCAAGCCAGGAGUCACCGGACAGUUCUGUGACCAGUGUGAGGAGGGCUACUCCGGUUUCUCCAGCUGUCAGGGCUGUCGGAGGUGUGAAUGCGGGCCAGCUUCCACCCGCUCCACCUGCCAUCCUCUCACCCACAGCUGCCCCUGCCGCCCGGGGGCCGGAGGUCGUUACUGCGAGCGCUGCCUUCCAGGAUACUGGGACUACAGCCCCUCCGGCUGCCAGAAGUGUGACUGUGAAAGUGGACACUGUGACAUGCACACAGGAGAGUGUCUGCUAGAGGCUGCUACCAUCAACCUGUGCAAUAGCAGUUGUGAUGAGUGUAUCUGGCACCUGGUGGGGGACCUGCGUCUGUCCAAUAAGACCCUGGACCAGCUCAAAGUGGGAGUGUUGAACAUCUCCACUGGAGCUGCAGCCAACGACAGACUCAAAUACUACAACUACACCGCUCACCGACUGCAGACUCAGUUUCAGGGCUGGAGGAAUAAGUCGUCAUCGAUGAAGGCUCAGGCUGGGGAUCUGGAGGAGGCCGCGGAGGCCGUGGUUCUAGAUAUCAAACAGCUGGGAGAAUCGGAGGCUGUGGUGGAGACUCUGGGGAACAGAGUGGACAAUGACACCCUGGAGACGCUCACGCUGGCAGAGCAGCUCAACACAGACCUCAGUGACCUCAACAUCCAAAUCGAAGACAUGAUCCAAGACUGGGAGCUAUACAGCGUCCACCAGGAUGUGGAUCCAGAGGUGGUCAGACAGAACACAGAGGUGGCCCGGGGUAUGGUGGCCUGGAUGAGGACCCUAGAUCUGUCCCCACGAGAGCCCGUCGCCACUGACGAGUCCACUGAAGCCCAUGACGUGCUGAGGCGUGUCCGUCAGUUGGAAAAGAAGCUGAUGGGCACAGACAGUCGCCUCCCGCCCAUCAGAGAGGCCCUGUCCAGUUUCUCCACCAGGCUGUCGGAUGCUCAGGGCUUCCUCCACAAAGCAGCCAGCAACGUUCAGGAAACAGAGGACACUAACAAAGCCAGCACCCUCAAAUAUCAGAGGAACCAGGCGAAGCAGCAGAGGCUGUCAGAGGACUACGCUGCUGUCAAUGAUACUCUGGAAACAGCCCAAGGCUUCAUCUCAGAGACAGAGCAAGCCGUGGAUGGGAUGGAUGCUCUAGUGCAGAACGUGUCCCAGUACCACGCAGCGAUCGAUGGAGCCAGUCAGCAGCUGAAGGAGAAGGCUGAGCGUCUGUCGCUGGCCGACAGAGAUCUGGUUCAGAGGGCCGAUGACCACGCAGAGGAGAUGGACAGACAGGCCAACGAACUGGAGGAGGAUCUGAGAGCGAGUGAUGCUAACGGCUUUGUGCACAGAGCCAUCAGCGCUGCCAAUGUCUACAACAACAUCAUGAAAUACACUGAUGAUGCCAACAUCACCUCCAUCACCACCCUGAACUUAUCUCAGAGAGCUGAGGAUGCCAUCGAUGGGAUCAACGCUCAGCUGGGGUACCUGGUAACACAGAGUGACAAUGUCUUUAAGGAGUCUGUGUCGUUACACUCAGAGCAAAAAGAGGUAGAAGCUGAGGUGGUAGAACAGCUGAAGUACAUCGAGGAGACCCAAGAGACCAUGGAUAAAAACACCAAGAAACUCGCUGAGUUAACGGAGGAUAUCAGUGGAAUCCACCCAGACAGGACCUCACAGCGUCUGGAUUUCACCGUUGAGAUUGCUGAGGGGACUCUGAACCGCUCAGCAGAGGUCCUCCAGACCAUCACCCCCAUCAGCAAAAAGGUGGAGGAGUGGGCCAACAGCAUGAAGAACAAUGAAUACUCCACCGAUGCUUAUGAGCAGGCCGUGGAGUCUGCAGGAGAAGCAGUGGAGAGCCUGAAUGGACUGGUUCCCGCUCUGCUAGACAAGCUGAGGGUGGUGGAGGAGAAGAAGCCGGUCAACAAUGUGACAACCAACAUCAGGAGGAUCAGGGAGCUCAUCGCCCAGGCCAGAAGUGUGGCCAAGAAGGUCCAAGUGUCCAUGAAGUUCAACGGUCAGUCGUCUGUGGAGGUUCAUCCUCACAGUAACCUGGAGGAGCUGAAGACGGUGACAUCCAUCAGCAUGUUCAUCAGAGUGGACCCUGACAAAGACCCUAUUGAGGACCGCUUCAUCCUGUACCUGGGAGACAGAAAUGGAAGGAAAGACUACAUGGGCCUGGCCAUCAAGAAUGACAACCUGGUUUAUGUGUACAACCUCGGAGGAGAAGAUGUGGAGAUCCCUCUGGGUUCAAAGCCUGUCAGCCAAUGGCCAGCCGUCUUCAACUACGUCAAAAUAGAGAGGCUUGGCAGACAUGGAAAAGUCUUCCUGACCAUUCCCAGCCAGACCUCCACAGACGAGCAGAAGUUCAUCCAGAAAGGAGAGGCUCCAGGCACCGACUCGCUGUUUGACAUUGACCCCAAGGAUAUCGUCUUCUUUGUUGGUGGAGUCCCGCCAGACGUCAGGCUCCCCCCUCCUCUGAGUCUGGCUCCUUUUGUGGGCUGCAUCGAGCUGGGAUCUCUGAACAACGACGUGAUCAGUUUGUACAACUUUAAAGAGACUCACGAGUUGGAUGUGGAGACAUCAGCACCGUGCCCCAGGUACAAGUUGGCGUUUUCACAGAGCCGUAUAACCAGCUACCUGUUUGACGGGACGGGCUAUGCUCUCAUCAACAACAUCGAGAGGAGAGGAAAGUUUGGGGUCGUCACCAGGUUUGAUAUUGGAGUCCGAACCGUGGCGAACAACGGCGUCCUGUUCCUAAUGGUCAAAGAGGAUAAAUUCUUCCUCUUGGAGUUAAAGGAUGGCUACCUGCGCCUCAUGUAUGACUUUGGCUUCAGCAGUGGGCCUCAAGUUUUUGAGGAUAAACUUCCUAAACUCCAAAUAAAUGAUGCUCGAUACCACGAGGUGUCGGUGAUCUACCAUCAGUCGAAGAAGGUCAUCCUCCUGGUGGAUAAGAGCCACAUUAAAUCUAUGGAGAAUCCUAAAACCACUCUACCUUUCGCAGAUAUCUACAUAGGAGGAGCUCCCUCUAGUAUUCUUCAGUCCAGGCCUGAGCUGUCCUCCGUGGUGGGCCUGAAAGGCUGCAUUAAAGGUUUCCAGUUCCAGAAAAAAGAUUUCAACCUCCUGGAGGAGCCCGGCACCAUCGGCAUCAGCAGCGGCUGCCCAGAGGAGUCAUUUAUGUCCCGUAAAGCCUAUUUCACUGGAGAGGGCUACCUGGGAUCAACAGCCAAGAUUUCACCCUUCGAUAGCUUCGAGGGAGGACUCAACUUCAGGACGCUGCAGCCCAGCGGACUUCUCUUCUACCACAGUGAAGGGUCCGAUGAGUUCAGCAUCUCUGUGGAGAACGGAGCUGUGGUGAUGAACUGCAGAGGCACUCGAGUCAAAUCCCAUAAAAAACAAUACAACGAUGGAAGGAUGCACUUCUUGAUGGCCUCAGUGAAUACUCAGAAGUAUUCGCUGCUGGUUGACGACAAAGACAAGCAGGAGAAGAAACGUCCGGCUUCAGCCUCCAGAUCCUCAUCAGGUCCUGCAGUGAGGACGUUCUACUACGGAGGAUCACCGAGCAGCAGCUUUAAGAACUUCACAGGCUGCAUCAGCAACGCCUACAUCAGCAGACAGGACCGGGACAUUGAGCCUGAAGACUUCCAGCGGUACCCAGAAAAUGUCCAGACCUCCCUACAGGACUGUCCGGUCCAACGUCCCCCGGCCGCUCUGCUGUCGCGGCACAGAGAUCACACUUCUAGAGCCAGACAGAGCCAAGCACAGGUCAACAGGGACAGGUCUAGCCUCCCUCUGGGCCUGAUGGAACUGAAGAGUGAUGACCAGGAGCCAUCAGAGCCAAAUAUCGAGCCCUGUUACCUCUCCUCAAGUCCCAGAGCGGCCCGCCAAGCCUUCCACUAUGGCGGCAUUGCUAACAGCAGGCAGCACUACAUGGACCUCCCAGACUCGUUCUCUGAAAGGUCCCACUUCUCCCUGUCCCUGAAGACGCACUCAUCCUUCGGCCUCAUCUUUUAUGUAUCUGACGCCCAAGAAGACAACUUCAUGGCUCUCUUCCUGGCCAACGGGAAGCUCGUAUUCACCUUCAACGUGGCAGACCAGAGGGUCAGAGUGAGGAGUGAACAGAAAUACAAUGACGGUACAUGGCACAACGUUAUUUUUAUCCGUGAUGGAAGUAUGGGGCGUUUAAUAAUUGAUGGGCUCACAGUGCUGGAAGACAGAGCGCAGGGAAGCAGCGUCUCCUGGCAUGUCAGCAGUCCCAUCUACGUCGGAGGAGUUCCUCCUGAGAGAGCCCAGAAGAAUAUUCAGAGAAACUCUCUGCACAGCUUCACCGGCUGUUUGAAGAACCUUCAGCUUGAUGGGCAGUGGCUCUCCUCCAAAGCAGAGACUUUCGGGGUCACUCCAUGCUUCGAGGGCCGCUCUGAGGCGGGGACAUACUUCUCUGAGGAGGGAGGCUAUGUCAUAUUAGAUGAAUCAUUUAACCUCGAGCUCAUGUUCCAGUUGGUGAUGGAAGUGCGCCCCCGUGUGGCGUCUGGGGUGCUAAUGCAUUUUCGCACAGCAGAGGGAAAUGCCACCAUGUACUUCCAUCAAGGACAGGUGGUGGUCAUUGUUAAUGAGAGGUCCAAUGAGUUUAGCACUAAGGUGACGCCCAGACAGGGUCUGUGUGAUGGAAACUGGCACAAAAUCACUGUGAUUCGAGACGCCAACACCGUCCAGCUGGUCGUGGACUCUCAAGUCAACCAUGUGAAGGGACCCCUGCCGUCCAGCGCCACGGAUAUCAGGAAGCCAGUGUUCAUCGGAGGAGCUCCAGAUCUUCUCCUCCCAGACAGCCUCGCCACCACGAAGCCCUACGUAGGCUGUAUGAGGAACCUGACCAUCAACAACAACCACGUGAACUUCAGUAAAGCUGCUCUGGUCAGCGGAGCAGUCAGCGUAGGAUCCUGUCCUGCAGCAUGACAACGUCCCGAUCCCCAACAUAGCACUGACCAAACACAUUAAAAUCUCUCUCUCUGAUAAACAUAACCAUUAAGAGACGUGUCGUCACUGUUCCUGUUAGCCUUUGUCUCAUGUCUGUUAUUUCUGUCCUUUACUGUUAUUGUCAUCUCUUCUUUAUAAUGCCUUGUGUAGCAAAUAUGACCAAAUUGUCAUAAUUUCUUAAACCAGAACCCAUAAUUUAGAGAAUGCAAUCAAAUUGUUGUUUUUUUUAAAUCAGACAGGUAAAUCUGAAUUUAUCAGUAAUUUUUACUCAAGAUAUCUUUUAAGUGCACCUAUGAAGGACAUAUUGGUAUAUUUUACACACCCAUCCAACUUUAUUAUCUCUAUGGCACAUUUUUUGUACAAAUUCAUGUCCAGAACUUUCUUUUUUUGCACUCUUUUAUUCUGAUGAAUUAAAAACAUUUACACCAA